AUGCCCCCCGAGGGAACGACCCCGGCUCGAGGCGCCGGUAGGGCUCGCGGCCGAGGAACAAGAGGCAGAGGUGCGGGAAGAGGAACAUCUGCCAGUGUCACACCAAGCGCCGAGGCGCCCGCGCCGAUUUCUAGACCGUCUUCGGCACUGGGCACUGCUACGGGGCCUGCGGGGCUUGCCAGAGACUCUGCAACUCCCCGGCCAGCGCCGACAAGGGGCACCUCCGUUGGCAGGUUCCGCCCCAAGGUCGUGCGCAGAGACGAGGCUGCGAGAGACGCCAUCGCUCGACAAGAGUUGGAAAAAGAUAAUGCGAGGGCAAAGGCUGAGGCUCGAGCGCAAGCUCGGUCUCGAGGUCGCAGCCGGAGAGCACGUGGAGAUGCCAUGGGUAGGGGCGGAUUCAUGUCACGAACUGCUGUUGCCAGCGGCCCCUUCUCGCAAAUAAACAUUGAGGGUGGCGGAAGAUCAGGCGGAGGCUGGGGAGGAGGUGGUGGUGGCGGCGGCGGCAGCGGCGGCGGCUUCUUCGGUGGUGGCGGAGGAGGGGGCAGAGCCAAGAGAGAAGGUGGUGGGUUUGGAGAGGCAUCUGGUCAUCGCGAAGCCCGAAUCAAUGCCGACAGGCUCGCCGGAUACGCGGUUGACCGCGAGCCAGACUCAGACGACGAAGCGACAGCAGCCCUCAUCAGCUCGAAGCCCGAUAAUAUCUGGCCCAUGGGCAUUGCGCGAAUCGACAAGAAAGAAGAGAAGAAGGUCAUUGCCACCUCAGCCGAGCUCGAGGCGGAAGAACAAGGCAAGGCAGAAGAAAGUCUAUGGGUUGACGGAAACGAGUCUUUGAUGGGCGUCGCUCCUCGGGUGGAGGAAGAGACCAAGGUCUGGCAUGCGGCACCCAAAGGCAUGGUACAGGUCAAGGCAGAACCCGGAGCCGAACCAGGCGCCAUGGACAUAGCGCCAGUCGACUUUGACGCCAGGGUGAAAUCCUCGACCCCCGAAGCCGAGGAGAAGAUCACGCCUGAGCCGAAGACGAAGAAGCCAGCGGCCGACCCCGAGGUGGAAAUGAUCACGCACGACAUGCAACUUCUGUUGGGCGAACUAGGCACGGUUCCGGACGAGAACUCCAAGGCACCCGAGACCGAGCCGGUGCAGGACAAGGACGGCCGAUUGUACCUCUUCCAGUUCCCACCCCUACUCCCGCCCUUGCAUCCUGCGACUGCGCCCAAGGUCAAGCCGGAGCCGGACGACAUUGUCAUGCUGGAUCAGCCUGGCGAGCCUGUUGACCUCACCAGAUCGGAAGAGAAGAUCAAGGCCAAUGCCGAGGAGGACAAAGACAUUGACUUGACCGACAUCAAUCAACUUGUUUCCCAAGCUGGCAUGAUGGGCAAGCUCAAGGUUCGCAAGUCCGGCAAAGUCGAGUUGGACUGGGGCGGACGAACCCUGGAGCUCAGCCCAGCUGCGGGCAUGAACUUCUUGACCACGGCAGUGAUCGUGGAAGAGUCGGAUGAGAAGACAAAGCAAGGUAUCAUCGGCGGCGACAGCAUCGGCAUGGGCAAGAUCAUGGGGAGGUUUGUCCUUGCUCCCACCUGGGGCGAUGAGGAGGAAUGGGACGUCGACCCGGAAGAUCUGGUUGUUCCUGACGAGUAG